GACUUCCCUAGCUCUAUCAACAAUCGAAUAUCUCGCCGUAGUGGCGGCUGCCGCAUAUAUGUGGACACUAAACAUAACGCAACUUCUGUGUGCGACCCACUUUUAAAUGGCUUUGCUGACUCCGUUUGGAAUAAUCUUCAAACAAAAUGCGAGAUCAUCCUUAUUGUCUUUUUACGACCCACCACACUGUCACAAAUCGGAUAUGGAUCACCUCCUGGAAGUCUUCUCAUAUGCUUCUGAGAAGACGCCAACCCAGAAAAGCAGUGCAUGUUACCGUUGGCAAGCAUCCAUGCUGAAACUACCGGUUCCAUCAAUGCUGUUCGAUUUGCGAAGUCAGACACGAGAUCUCUGAUCAACUCAUUGAGAUCGAGCUUUUAUCCUGGCCCGGAUGGAAUACCGUCUGCUGUGUUUAAAUUCGGAGGCCCUGAUAUCCUCAUACUGUUUCAAAAUAUUUUUAAGUUAUCCACGAGGUCUGGGGUUGUUCCAGAUGUGUCGGAAUAUGCAAAUACAAACUAGCUAUCGGCCCAUCAGCCAUAACUCCAUUCUGUGCAGAACAAUGGCAAGGACAACAAAAGCCAAAGUCGUGGAAUACCUAUCGUUCCGGAACCUAACCAACACUUUCCAAUACGGAUUGCUGAGCACACGGUCAUGUAUAACUUGCCAAGUGCACAUGCUAAACUUCGUUACUCGUGCCAUUGAUCGUGGUAAGCGCCUGAUCAUCAGAUUUGUUGAUGUACAUACAGCGUUCGAUCGUGUAUCACAUUGGAAGUCUUCUAUCGAAAGUACAUUCCUUCGGUAUUACUGGCAAUUUACAUUCCCGGAUAUCAUCAUAUAUUCCUGCUCGGCAGCCGGCAGUUGGAAUACUAAGCAAUAGUUCCACAAGUAGGCAACUCACAAGUGAUGUGAUCCAAGAUAGUGUUUUGGAGCCUCUUUUGUUCUUGAUGCACACUGACGAAUGUCUUCGAUGUCAUUAAGCACGGCAAACCAUAUAUAUUCGCCGAU